AUGGCAACACUAAUCUAUGUUGAUAAGGAGAAUGGGGAACCAGGCUCUCAUGUGGCAUCUAAGGAAAGGAUGAAGUCAAUCAAAGCCUUAUCUGGAAGAGCUCAGAUUUCAACUCCCAAGGCUGGCAAAGUAUUUACUGCAACUCCAGCUUUAUCCAAAUCUGUCAGAAAGGCUUUGGGGCCUGUCAACAGGACAACAGAAAAGGAAAACUUGGUGGGGAAGAGAAAAGAACCUCUCAAACAGAAAGGGCAAAAAUUCACUGCCAAAAAGAUGACUGAAAAGACUCCCACAGAAAAACCCUCGGUUCCAUUCCCAAAUGAACCAUGUCCAGAAAUAGAAAAUUUCUUUCCCUUCAAUCCUCUAGAAUUUGAGAAUUUCGACGUUCCUGAAGAACACCAGCUUGCAAACCUGCCCCUGACUGGUGUUCCCCUCCUAAUGCUUGAGCAGGAGAAGUCACUCGAAAGGCUUGUAGAACUCCCACCCUCACCUGUAAUGCUGCCUUCCAUGACCUGGGAAUCUGAUUUGUUGGAAUCGACUUCGAGCCUUCUGUCUGCUGUGGAUGAUAUGGACUUGCCUCCUGUGUGCUAUGACCUACCUAUUUGA